GCGACGACGGAUGCACGAAUUAUCAACAACUAAACGACAGAACUCGGGCUGCAAGCAUUCACCGUGGCAACACCCUUAGAUGCGAUCAGAAGGAUCUGGCAACUAAAUGGUACAGAUUUACCGGUGCAUCUGGAACUAUGAUGCCCACUUCGUGUGUUCCAAAACAUUACUGUGGAACACAUGCACCUGGGUGGUUGAGCGGUGCGCAUCCAACAGGAGUUGGACAAACUGUUAGCAGCAAAGUUUGUUUUCACUGGGGAGGAAGCUGUUGUCACUGGCAUACUUAUGUUAAAAUAAAGAAAUGCAAUGGUUUUUACGUCUAUAAGCUUGGAAAGACUCCUCACUGUUGGCUUCGAUAUUGCGGCAAUGCAGGAUUCGGUGAGCUUUUAUAUUUUUGGGGGGCAAGGAAGUAAUGUUUAAUUCUUUCGUGCUAAUGUGUUCUUCGGAAAGAUAAUGUUUGUUGUCUUUGCUUUUUGUUUGUCCAUGCAAAGGUAACGAAAUACUAUAGUUCACAGCCUUUCUCCAACUUUAACCAUUAUUCUUUAUAAGCUAAAGCGUUUGGCAAUUAAGCUACAUUUAUUGUGUAUAUUUCUUUCAUAUCGCCCACGUCCCCCAUAUCAUACAAAAUGUUUUGUCACUCUCCCUUUCGGCCAGAACAAGAGAAGAUGAAAUUAUAUUCCCUGUUCUAAUCAAUUAAAGCCAAAUUAUCAGCUACAGCUACAUCAUUUAUGCACUGGUUUAACACAAGAGAGGAUUAUCCUCUCUUGUUUAACAUUCACAUUGGUAAGAUAAUAAUAAUAAUAAUAAUAAUAAUAAUAAUAAUAACAAUAAUAAAGAUGUAUUUUGUGUCGAAAUGGUAUGACGAAUGCAGAAUGUGAACUUUUUUUUCCAAAGCUUCAAAGUGGGCGUAAGUGGUAUUUAGAUGAUAAUGAAUGGUAAUGGUGAUGAAAAGGAUAAAAACUAGGAUGAUGGUUGUAAUGAGAAUGAAGACAAGUCAUAAUGUUAGCAACGGGACGUAAUGAAGUUGGUGUUGAUGAAUAUUUUAACUGUCAUUCGGUAAAGGUAGUUUGGGAAGAUGGUGUAGAUUGAACUGGGUACUUUACAAGCUAAAGGACAUUAAUUGAUUUUAUAUUACCUUGAACAAAUAGUAAUAUAAUAUUUAAAUAACUUUGAACUUGGAAAUAAGGGAAUUUAGGGGAUCUAUUUUGAUAAGCUAUCACAUGCAGUAGUAUUUAAAACUACUGCUGCCUUCAGAAAAUUCUAAUACUCUCCUUAGAAAAUGUCAAGAUCCCCCUCAUAAUCCUCUGCCCCCCUCUUCCUCUACAUAAUGAAUGAAGCCUUUCGCAAAAUCUCAUGCCCCAGUUGUUCAAAAGGUGGAUAGCACUAUGCCCCGUUUAAUUCUACAUCCAGUGUAUACUGCGUAAAUUGGUUUCUCUAAUAUUUAUUCAGUGGAUAGUGCUUUAUCAGGUAGAUAGCGCAAGUCAGCUUUUGAACCACUGGGGCCAGGCAGUUGACGUAAAAUAUAACAAAACGAAAAUACAGUAACCACAAAUAAAUGCUUUCCUCUAAAAUAGGGCUCAAUUAAUAGAAACACAAUGUUAUUGUUUAUUUACAAAAAAAAAAAAAAGAAACCAGUUAAGUCACGUUUUACUAUGACUUUUACUGUGCCAGAUAUUUGUAAAGUGAACAAACCUUGCAAAAAUGGUGCCACGUGCAUCCCUACCCAAGAUGGUUAUACGUGCCGCUGUAUGUCAGGCUACCAAGGAAAGAACUGCGACCAAGGUAGGGGCUUUGAGGUGCAAAAGUUUUGUUACCAUCAAAACUUCAUACACCAUGAAAAGAACUGAAAUGCAAUUGAUCCUCGGCAACUGAAAGGGUUAUGUUAGGAAAAGUACGAUGGAUGCAUCUUCUUUGAUUUUAAAGAGAUCGAAGAACUUCAAUAGCAUCGGUAUAUUAUUGUUGGUUUUCGGUUUCACGCCAUUGAAAGUAGAUCAAAAUAAAAAUCAAAACCUUUCAAUUGAUAAAGUCCAGAAUCUGGGAAAUGAAAGGAGGUACAUAUACAAAGACCCUCGCCAAGAUUCAGGUCAGAGGAACAUUUCGUAUACGAGAUAUCGGAAGAAAUGUUUUACCCAAACUUAUAGAGAUUUGUAUGGAGACGCCAUGCUGGUGCUCACCUGGAUGAACACCAACGUGUCGGGCGGAAACCAACAGAAACAUCUGUUACCGAGUUUUGCUACAAAAGAGUGAAUUUAUUCUUCGAGAAACUCAUAAACAUCAAAGUAAUACUUUUUCUAAUACACGAACUGAGCAAAAUUUCCUGAAAUAAGUCAUUUUUUUAACCUACAUGACAACUCUCGUAGCCGUCAUAAAUGCCGCGUCACGCAAAAGCUUAGAAAUUCAAGGGUACUCUAUCACAAAACCAAGAAGCCUUUUGAAGCGAAAAUUUGUUUGAAAAUUAGUUUUCAGCUAAUGCGUCGUGAAAGUAAAAUCUGGGUAGGAUCGAUAGUUUUUUAGUUCGAAUUUUAGUGACGUCAUGUGAAAACCAACAAUACCUUUGUUUAUAUGGUUGAUAGGCUACCAAGAAAAAGGAGCCUUUAAAUCUUUCAAUUUCAUUUGAUAUUUUGAUUUGGCAACAUACAUGUAAGUAAGUAAGUAAAAAGUAAGUAAAACUUUAUUUACACAGGGUAGCCCAUUCAGCUCUAAGGCUGGUCUCCAUAGGGGCCCUGUAUCUUAAAAAUUAAAUUACAUCAACAAUUUUCAUGAACUAUUACAUUUAAAAAGCCUAAUAAAAAUACUAUAAUAGAAUUUAAGAACUACAUUAAAAGGCAAAUUUAAGAUGUAAAUGUAUGGCAUCAAAUCGCUGCAACUAAAAAAAGGGCUGAUUUGAAUCUGCUUAAGUGAGACAACGGGUUAAGAAUGUUUAAGAGAACGCAGUCAACAAUAAAAGCGAUAAAAUUUAGAAGUGAAGUGUUUCAGAUAACAAAAUUGUGUUUGUCAAGAUGUAAAUGAAUGUAUCAGAAGACCUUGUCGCAAUGGUGGAACGUGUGAGAAUCUUCCAGGAAGUUACAGAUGCAAAUGCAGGCCAGGUUAUGUUGGAAGACACUGUGAAACUUGUGAGUAUCUUAGCAAAGAAUCCUCCCUUGUAUUGGCAUUCAAUACAGAAAGUCAAGAAUCUGGGAAAUGAAAUAGAUAGCUUAAAUAUGCCAAAAGCCUCGCCAAAAAUCAUGUAUGUGCGAUAUUUCAUACGCGAGAUAAGCGGGAAAAUGUUUUAACCAAAUUUAUAAAGCUUUGUAUGGAGACGUUAUGUUAAUAUCCCUUUGAGGGGCAUUAAUAUGGCGGCCUGGAACCGACAGAAACAUCUGUUUUUGAGUUUUGUUGUAUGUUAAAAACGGGACUUUACAGUUUGAGAAGAAACCUUAAAGAUUAAAUUUAGUAUUUACUCUGAGACAUGGAAUGUUUAGAUCGCAAAAUCUCGAAAAACGGUAACGUUUAUAACCUACAUGAGAGCUUACCCGGCUGUCUUCUAAAUGCCGAACCCUUUCGAACCAAAAAUAUGUAUAAAUAAGGGUGUUUAGCUGCUGAAUUCCUGAUCCCUUGUUUUUAGAUCUAAUUUUUGAAUGUAUUUUUAUAUAAAUAAGGAUCUAACCAAAGAUAACUGUGUUGUGGAAGAUACGAUUAAGAUUUCCUUUUAAAAGAGAAGGGAAGUUACUUUUAGAUAACUAAUCUUAACAUCCUGGCCCCAGUUAUUCCAAGGGUAGAUAGAUAUAUCUGUGUCCAGACCGUAACUCAAUUGGUUUUCUUAAUACUUAUCCACUGGAUAGGGAUUUAAUAGCGGAGCUCUGGCGCGCGAAGCGCGCCUGCGGAGCACCAUGGGUAAGUAAAUCUACCUAUCCCAGAAAAUUUGGUAAUCACGUGACCGUACACCGCCCGCCCGCCCGCCCGCUGCCCGUCCGUCCGCACCACAGGCAAACCAAUGUUUAAUCCCACACUUUCUAGCAUGGAUAAUCCAUGUUUCUAGCUAGUUUGGGAGCAUAGGAAGACUGAUAUUGCACACAUAUUGCACAUCAAUGUUGUGAUCAAUUGACAGCUGUCAAAACAGGGUCCCGCUGACCAGUAUCACCUGACCGUAUCGCGGGCUCACAAUGUGCCGCACAAUUAAAAUUUUGAUUUCAAACUGACCUCGGAAGCCAAGAUUCAGCCAGUUUUUACAGGCAGGGAAGACAUGCCAGCUGCUUUUCACUUUCCUCACCAAGGUCACGCGUUGAUCAAGCUCUACCUCCAGUUUUUAUGCUCUGAUUGGUCAAAAUUUGACAGGUGAGUUCAUGCGGAAAAUUUAUGCAGCAUCUUGAAACUUGUUUACUUUGACAGCUGAAGCUGAUAGAGUUUUUUGUCAACUUGUGAUGUUUUGAUCUGUCUUUUUCCACUGUACAUUGUACAAAAUAAAAUUCAGCUGCUAUCAAGAAUCUUCUGUUAUUCAUGGCUAGUUUGUUUAUCGGGUUUUUGGUUGAGAAAUACGUCGCUUGUCAAAGUCGGAAAUCCGAUUUCGGAUGGCAUCGUUUUCGUUUUCACCUUGCUUGAUGCGUAAGAGGGUUGAAAACUCUGAAGCGAUUUUGGCCUUACUUGAUCGUUUUCAGUGCAUCUUGAAUGGUAAGCCUGAGUAAUUAUUUUAUUUGAUGUUUGUUUUUUAUAUCUAAUUCAAUGAAGUCGAGUGUAGUUUAUAAGGCUGUUUAGUUUAUGCACGUUUGUAAGAUUUGAGACAAUGAUCUGACCGAGUAUCAGGUUUGACUAUAAGCUUAUAGAACUUUAGAAAGCCUUCAGACAUCUUCUCACCGAAAAUAGAGAGAAAACGUUCCUAAGAAUAUUUAGUUAUAAUUCUGGCUGUAAAAGAAAGCUUCGAGCGAUUUUCGGGCCUCGAGUUCAUCUUUGAAAAACGCAAACACCGGGAAGCCGGCUUAAAACAUAAACAAGGAUUUUCAGGGACCCGUUAAUACUUGUCUUCGUGAAUGAAAAUUGUUGUCUCUGUAUAUGUUUCACCGAAUUGUUUUCCUUUUAUUGAUUGUUCGUAGUCUCUUUUGCACUUUUCAUCGCUGUUGUGCCGUUUGUUUUCAGUCGCUCAUGAACAUACAACCCUGGUCAAAACUCUUGGGACACUUACGCAAUAGCUUGUCAAAUUGAGGCAUCUUCCCUCCCCCCUUCCCCCUCGGUGCAAUGUUGGCGUUAUGCAUUGAAGUUUUAAUUCAACACAAUCAACACUGCUUGGGGGAGAGGGGGAGAGCACAAAUAGCCCCUUAUAACAACAUCUCCAAGCCUUUUUAAGAGGUAGAAUACGAGUUAAUUUAGCAAAGUGCGUCUUUGUGCCUAAUUUCCUCAAGUGUCCCAAGACGUUUUGACCAGGGUUGUCUGAAAAUGGGUUUACAAUAAAAAUACAGACUUAUACUAUUUUCCGUGUUCUCAAAUUGUUCCUUUUUUCAUAUAACUGCCCAAAAGUUCCAUGUCUGUACUUUAUGCUUAAAUUAUGCGUUAUUUUGGAAGUUUUUAUAACUGCAGCAGUAGUAUACGCGAAUGUGUGAGAUGGUUUGUGGGUCUAUUUGUGGGGAAAAGUACGAAAAAGUGUUUUCAUGUUAUUUACGUUGUUUUACAGUGAACUCCGACUUGAAAAGAUAGUGCUACAAUUUAGUAAAAGAAGUUGAUUUUAGUUGUUAUCGCCUUAUUUAAGCUGAUUAGGGCAGGUCACAUGACCAAACGGGACGCUCGGAAUGGUCACACGAUCUAUUCAAAAAUUCAAAUGCAAACGAUCGUUUUUCUUAGGGGUGCUAGCAGUUUAGUAAUUUCGGUAGAGUAACGACUUGCUCAUCAAUUGAGUUUAGAGGUAGAAUCCUUGGAAAAUUCAAGGCAAAGAAUGGUACAUGUCAUAACGUAUAGUCGUUGGUCAUGGGCGCUACCGUUGAGAUACUGACACAUUUCUCAGUAACAUUUCUCACUAAAGAAAAGUGAUUUUCAAACGUAUUAUGUGAAAUUCGUACCGCGAUCAUGGCCAAAAUAUAGUCAGUGUGAUCCCAUUUCCUCUAAACGGGCAUUUUUUUCGAGCUUUCCAGGAAAUAUGUACAAAUUUCAACAUUUCUCACCUCAGAAUUAACAAAAAAGGAAUGAAUUUUAAUUAAUCUUUUACCUCAUUUAGGUGAGAAAUGUUUAAAAAGCCCCAUAACUUGCUUAUUGUGCACAAGAAACGAAGGGAAAAUAAACUUAAGAUAAUGAUAAGUUUUACCAAGAGUGUAUUUUAAAGAAUAGAGCUCCCUAUAAGUUGCAUUUCAUACAAGACGGCCCAUAAAACAAGUGAGAAAUGAUGCGAGAACUGUUCAGAGCAACUGUCACGCAAUUCCUUGUUUCCUAAAAGUAACUGACAGAAGAAUUCUACCGACAUAAAAGUUUCUUUAGGGCUAGGAAGUAGCCCUUCAGGCAAAGUAACAACUGAUAAAGUCAUGGGGAAUACAAUAAAAAGUGAGGACUUCUGUAGCAGUGCACUCUAAGUUAAUAUUUUGUUCGGUGACCUCCAGACACAAGUACAGUUUCAAUUCAGUGAGUCACACUUGAAAUGAGAAUAUCGAUAUUCUCUGGAUAGAAAAUAAUCAAUCAUCAAACACUCCGAAACUUAUGCAUUAAGCUGUUCAAAUGAAUCCUUUGUAAAAAUCUGUGUUACAGCCUCUUCAUCUAAGUAACAUUUGAUCUGGUUAUCUAAAUUUUCUAUGCAAAUAAUGGACGCAUAUCAGUCUCAGUAUAUCCUUUUGGGCCUUCUUCGCACUCUUGCUUGUCUGGGUCGUUGUCCAUUAAAAAGAGUCUUCUUGCGUUUCUUUUCGGCCUUGCCUGACCAAAUGCUGUAUUAAAAUGGUUCCUUAUUUAACUGAGCGAAGAAAUUGGCGUUCAUUUUCUCAUAAGGUACAGUUAGUGUUACCCCUUUUCUACAAGCGAUGGCGUCAGCCAAGUCCUUAGAGCCUUCAUUAAUAUCAUUUAAUGAAAACGAAAGACCUUCUCCCUUCUGUCGCCAUAUCAGUGAUUUUUUUUUACGUUUCGUUGUAUUUGUGGACGAAGGACACGGCAUGUAAAUUAAAGGCCACCUCGUUUCAUUCGUCCAAAGCAGAGGAUUUUUCGCAACUGGACGUUUCAGGUUUUUGCGGAAUCGUACACGCAACUUGCGAUUGUUUUCACUUAGAAGCCCAUUUUUCUCUGCUUGUAAAUAUGCGUAACCAUUUUCAUUUAGAUAAUGUGGAAAUGUUUUGUACUUGCCAUUUCAAACCUAAGCCCACUCUGCUCCACGAUGAUUUUUUCCUGUAAUGUUUUCACAGUUUCUUGCCCUUGAGUACGUUGAGGAUACUUAAUAAGCAUGCAUUUGAAACCGUUCAUCUAUUCGCCUCCGCUCUCGGAAUAAAUAAUACUAACAAGGUAACACCUGGUAACUUUUUUAACAUUGCUAUACCUACAAAUCCACAACUUUUCUCUAAGUUUCGUAAUGUUUAAAACUCGUUUUCCUAUAGAAGGGGUUUUCAGACAACCCUGGUCAAAACUCUUGGGACACUUACGCAAUAGCUUGUCAAAUUGAGGCAUCUUCCCUCCCCCCUUCCCCCUCGGUGCAAUGUUGGCGUUAUGCAUUGAAGUUUUAAUUCAACACAAUCAACACUGCUUGGGGGAGAGGGGGAGAGCACAAAUAGCCCCUUAUAACAACAUCUCCAAGCCUUUUUAAGAGGUAGAAUACGAGUUAAUUUAGCAAAGUGCGUCUUUGUGCCUAAUUUCCUCAAGUGUCCCAAGACGUUUUGACCAGGGUUGUAGCUUGCAGGAGUAGUCAAAAUGCCGCGCGUAUGAAACACUUUUGAAGAUUACACAUCGUUAUAAAGCCAUUAUGUUGAAACGUAUAACUGUGUUAAUCUUAAUUUAAACAGUCGACUUUGGCGCUUGUCAAAAGUGAGAACCGGCUUGCCGUAUAGGUGAUUUUGGAAAUUUUUUUAACGGUUUCGCUAACGCGUGCUUCGAUCGUCCUGAAUAUUGAAUGAGUGCAAUUUGUAUUGCAAAAUUGUGAAAUACUGCAUUCUGUCCGAGGUCUGUAUGAUAAAAACAGCGCCUCAUGGUACUAUUUCACCUCAGAUGUGAUGUAUACAAAGGUAUAAAAGGUUGGCUUACACGUCCCAGUCUUGUUGGCAAGAUUUUGUAAAGUAAACUUAUCGAACGCAAAAAAUUCGGCCUGAUUUUUUUUCCUAAUGUACUGUGAUCAAGAACCAUUAUGGCUAUGCUAUUUUUUAGGUGUACGUAUAAGGCUAUCAAGUCGAUGUAAGAUUAAUUUCACCCUUAGCUUGGACUGUUUGCAAAUUAUUUUUCUCUAAAAUUACUUAGCCUUUCCGUCAAAAGUCACAUGGAUGUGCUCUAAAGUUAACUGAUUUGUGGAAUACAAGUUUACAAUUGUUUGAUUUAAAUUAUAAGUUCGAGUUAGUAGGAGCUUCGCUUUUAGCCCUGGCUAAAUCUAUAUAUUAUCAAGUGGAUAGUGCUAUCCACCUUUCGUCCAACUGGUCCCUGAUAUAUUUUUUUACUCAUUUUAUAAUUCAAUUUCCAGUAUCAGAUCCGUGUUCACACCAUGUCCAGCUAAAUGACAGAACAAGAGCUGCAGGGGUUCACAGGGGCAAUGUUCUUAAGUGUGACCAAAAAGAUAUGCCGGACACUAAAUGGUACAGGUUUAUCGGUUCAUCUGGAACUAUGAUGCCGACCUCCUGCGUUCCCAAGCAUUACUGCGGCACGCACGCACCUGGAUGGCUCAAUGGGGCUCAUCCCACAAGACUUGGACAAAUUGUUAACGGCCAAGUGUGUUUUCACUGGGGAGGAAGCUGCUGCAACUGGAAAGCAAACAUUCAGAUAAAGAAGUGUAACGGAUUUUAUGUAUAUAAGCUCGGAAAGACUCCUGUGUGCUGGCUUCGGUAUUGUGGCAAUGCGGGAUUCGGUGAGUUGUAGAAUAGUGCCCUAAUGCCUAGGUUUUCGGUAAACUGCCACUUUUCCGGCUCAUAAAAGUCGCCUCUUUUCACUUUUAUUUUUAAAGUAAAGAAAAUUUGGCAAAACUAUCGUGUAAAUUUGCAUUGGAGCUAUAUUAAAUUGCAAAAUUUAAUUUCAGGAUGAAGCAGGAGCCUCCUGGAUGAAGCUGUAACUUGUAAAAAUCGCCACUGAUGGAAAUUUGAAUUAAGAGGAAUCAGGAGCCCGGAAUCUGAUGCCGUUCAGAUCACGCUCAGUAGUCUUGCCAAGUUUUCCUACAACUGAUUGUACUUCACUGACAGAAAAAUAGUUAUAAACGAUUAUUGUUUUGGUUCGAGAGGGUUGGAUGAGCGUUGGAAGGAAGAUCCUCCCGAUAAGAUAAUAAAAAAGUUCGGCGCAUACGAUCACGGGACAAUAUCAGCCCGUCAUUUCCUUGUUAUUGACCGAUAGGUGUAACAUACCUGAAAACGCUUAAAUAAAAUUAAUUAGUGCUCAAACAACUGAAGCCUGCACCUUUAUGUGUAAUUUUGUAGGCCACCCCUGUCUGGGUUGUCUGUCAAAGCGCCGGUGUCUUUUCAUUAAUAUUGUCGGGGACGAUUCAAAUAGAAUAAGGAGGGUUGCAGCGAAGUGCAUAACUGUUGGAUCUUUUUUAUUUGUUAGAUAUAUGCAGAGUAAGCAAUCCCUGCAAAAAUGGCGCCACAUGUACGUCAACGAAUAAUGGUUAUACUUGCCGCUGUAAGCAAGGUUAUCACGGAAGAAACUGCGAACAUGGUAAGCCCCUCAGUUAUUGCAAGCUUAAUAAUCACACGUCAAUUCAACACGAGAAAAAAUUAAACAUGCUGGCGCGCUAAAAUAUGCUAUAAGCUAGAAUUCCAAGACGGCCUGUGUGGCAAAGAAUAUCAUUUUUUAAAGCAACUGGUAAAAUGGUUGACCAAGCGUGAUGUCAAUAUGGCUGGAUAUUAGCCAAUAAUUUUUUAGCGUUUUAUGGACCGAGACGAAGUCGAGGUCAAUAUAUACGCAAAAAAGAACGAAGCGAGUAUCCAGCCAUCUUCAACGAACGAAAAGGUUGGUCACUGAAAACUUCUUCUUGUGGAACUUAACAAAGAACAUCCCUAGCACGCAAAACAGGCCCAUCUUCUCUGCUCGGGUAGCAAAUCAGAACACAGGAUGCACUUCGUCUUGCCCGCUAACUAAGCCGGCCAUAAAAUAUGAGGAUUACUCCCCCAGUAUUUUUUUAAUUGUGUGUUUUAUAAUUAGAAUACACGUUAUUUUUGAUGCAACAUCGCUAGGAAAUCCAAAGCGUUUAUUAAAAGUACAUCCAUCGAUUCAAAAACUUGAAUUCGGGAACGGCCAUUGAAAGGCAUUCAAAACUGACUUGCUUUUCUUCUAGAUGUGAACGAAUGUAAUUCUAGACCUUGUCGCAAUGGUGGAACGUGUGAGAAUCUUCCAGGAAGCUACAGAUGCAAAUGCAGAACAGGAUUCCUUGGUCAACACUGUGAAAUCGGUAAAUAAUUUGAACGUUAUCCUGGUGUUGGGUUUUUCAGUAGCAAGUCUAGAUCGCGUAAAAUUUAGCUUCUAUUAGUGAUUUUAAAGUUUUUUGUUUUUUGUUGUCAUAGUGACGUCGAUUUUACUUAAAAGUGUAUUUCAACAAACUUCAAUCCAAAGUCAGUUAGAAGUAAAAAUUUGAUAGAGAUCGGAAAAGGAUAAACUCACAUUUUAGGCGAUUGAAAAAUAUCGGUAUCGAAACGCGUUUAAUUCUGUUAUCCUAAAGGAGUAACUUUAUGUCUAUGUUAAAUUGUUAUUUUUUAUAAUUUGUAUUGUAGUAUUUGAUGAGUGCAAACAUUACGUGUCACUGAGUGAUCGUCAGCGAGCUGCAGGAGUCCACAGAGGCAACACCCUGAAAUGUGACCAGAAAGACCUGACGACCCCCAAAUGGUACAGGUUUUCUGGAGCAGCUGGUACUCAGAUGCCUACCUCAUGUGUGCCAAUACAUUACUGUGGAACACACGCACCUGGAUGGUUAAGCACCGCGCACCCGACAAGAACUGGUCAGGUUGUUAACGGCAAAGUGUGCUUUCACUGGAGUAAUAAAUGUUGUAAUUGGCAUGCCAACAUCCAAGUAAAAAGGUGCAAUGGAUUUUACGUUUACAAACUUGUAAAAACACCCGUGUGCUGGUUACGGUACUGUGGAAAUGCAGGAUUUGGUGAGUAAAGGGGUUAAACCGUUUAUUGUCUGAUAAAGUUCUCUAAUUUAAGAGCUUAAGUGCAAGCACGAAGUUCAUGAGGAAAAUGUAGAUUUAAGAAAAAUAAUUAACUAACUUAUCAUUCAUUUUACAUCUCUCAAAACUCCCCAGACCCAUGUAAAGCAAGCAGGCCUUGUCAAAAUGGCGCAACAUGUGUUAAUAACAACGGUGAUUACAUAUGUCGCUGCAAGCCUGGUUACCAAGGAAGGAACUGUGAACAAGGUAAGUAACCAACCUUUGUUUUUUAUUUAUGAAAGUAGAACAAAAAAUUUAUAUUGUGCCGUUUAAAGUAAUAUUUAGGAGGCUUGCUUUUAAAGAAGUCGUAAAAAAUGCUAUUUCUGGGAAUCUAUUUUAACGAGCGUAAUAUUUUUUUGGAGUUUUACUUGAUGGAGUUAGAUAAGAAAAUAAGUUAAUAACACUGCUUACUUGCAGACGUCAAUGAAUGUACUUCUAGACCUUGUCGCAAUGGAGGAACGUGUCAAAACCUUCCAGGAAGCUACAAAUGUAAAUGCAAGCCUGGAUACUUGGGCAAUGACUGUGAAAUCGGUACAUAUUUUGCAUUCUUAAUGAGUCUUGAUUUGUUGCUUUACAUCAAAUUCUAUCUGUUACUGUUUUUAUCCGAAAAAACGUUGAUCACAACACUUGAUUAAGAUUGUUCAUUGCUUUAUCCUGAAAAACGUAACGAAAUGGGAAAGAAACAAUACUUAUGGAUCCAGUGUACAGCUAUAUAAAUAAAUAAAAAGUAUGCAUUGCGUCAAAAUUAGCAAAAAAUUUUCAUUUUCUGUAUCUUUACCUUAGUAUUUGACGAAUGUAAACACUACGAACAACUCAACGACCGUCAGCGUGCUGCAGGUGUGCACAGAGGAAAUACUCUGAAAUGUGACCAGAAAGACCUGACCACCCCAAAGUGGUACAGGUUUAUUGGAAACGCUGGCAUUCAGAUGCCAACCUCCUGUGUUCCAAAACAUUACUGUGGAACACACGCACCUGGAUGGUUAAGCACUGCGCAUCCAACUAGGGUUGGACAGAUCGUUAAUGGCAAAGUGUGCUUUCACUGGGGUAAUAAAUGUUGUAAUUGGCAUGCCAACAUCCAGAUAAAGAGAUGUAAUGGAUUUUACGUUUAUAAACUGGUCAGAACACCUGUUUGCUGGCUUCGAUACUGUGGAAAUGCAGGAUUCGGUGAGUGAAGUGUUUUAUCGCGCUGAUCUAUGCCAUGAAUCAUGUAUUUACAAACCAAGAUAAGACUCCCGCAACUUUUUCUCUUAAUGUAGCUGUCCGGUGAAUUUAAGCUCGGUUUACAGAAAAUCAUGGGAAAUAAUUAGUUUUGGGCUUACAUAGUGAUUGUGUCUACUUAAUAUAGUCAACGAGCCAAGGAAAUCGAAAAACCAGCGUAAAGCGAGCUUUUAUGAAACAAUAACCACAAGAAAUAUGUUUGGAAUGUUUCAGUGUUGCAAGGAGAAAGCUAAUCAGGCAUAAAAAAAAUAAGCUGUAAUAACAACGAUUAGCUUUUUGUUCUGUGGCUUGCUCGUUAUUGUUGUGAACGGUCAAAAAUUAAGAACUAUCCUGAAAUAUUUCAGUUGUUUGCCUUUUUCUGCGCUUCAUUGUUAAUAACGAUGUCAUCUUCAAACCCAUCUAGACCCAUGCAAGGCAAGCAAGCCUUGUCAAAAUGGCGGAACAUGUGUUAAUAACAAUGGCGAUUAUGUCUGUCGUUGCAAGCCUGGUUACCAAGGGAAGAACUGUGAGCAAGGUAAGACCAAUAGUAAUAACAGACAUUACAUACUUUUUCAUCGGAACAACAUAUUUUGACACUAUCCUACUUAAAGUCACAAGAAUCCCUUACUUGAGUUCCUUAUCUAAUGUGCUUGUAAAGAUUUUCUCCGAAGCUGCCUGGGCUACGAAUGCUUGCAGACUAUAAGAGAAACAAACCAGCAGUUAAAACAUUCGGAUACAUUACAAAUUCAAGAGUAUUUUCCUUUAUAAAAGACUGUCUGAACAUAGUUAUUAGAGGAGACUGGUUAUGAAAAGCGGCAAACAUCAAUGAUAAAAACAACAGUGCUGCAGUUUAUGUUGGAAGCACCCUGAAAGUGCACAAUCCUUUGUUUUCUGUUGGCAAAUUGUUAUCAAAAACAUAUAACAAAGGAGUCUGACGGGUUUCAUAACCAUUCCACUCAAUUAACUAAGGUCUGAAGGAGAAUAUAAGAAAUGAAUUAAGUGAAACUCAAAAGUUGACCCUGUUUGUUCUCUACUGGCAGAUGUAGAUGAAUGCAACAGUAGACCUUGCCGGAAUGGAGGAACGUGUCAAAACCUUCCAGGAAGCUACAGAUGUCAAUGCAAGCCUGGAUACUUGGGCAAGCAAUGUGAAAUUGGUAGGUAAUUUGCAUCCUAAUUAUUUCAUGUUUGUUUUUUGUGAAAGUUUUUUCUUCGUUGUUUUAUGCUUAAAUUUAUUUAGCUGUUACAUUUUGCCCGAGGAAUCGAUGAUAAUAAUCGAUGAUAAUCAUGAACGAGGAUCAUGAUCAUGAUGAUUUAUCAAACUUGUCGUUUCUCAAACUAUCUGUAUACAAAUAAUCAGUUACUUUGUCUGGAUGUUGGGUAAGGAAAAUUUGAAAUGACUCCUGGGUCCAAACCUUUCACGAUAAUAAUAAUGUCCUUUGUUUACUCUCGGUAGUAUUUAUUUAUAGCACUUAUGCUAGUGGGGCUUAGCAAAUGCCUGAAACAAAUAAUUCAAAUCCAACUUACAUAACAGGGUAAAGAAUCCCAGCUGGCUUCAGGCGAACCAGCUGGAAAUUUACAAUCAUUAACGAGGACCAUGAUCAUGAUGCUUCAUCAAACUUGUCGUUUCUCAAACUAUCUGUCUACAAAUAAUCAGUUACUUUGUCUUGAUGCUGGGUAAGGAAAACAAAAAAAAUAACGGGAGCUGUGUAAGAAUAUUCGAAAUUGCGAAAGGCCAAUAAUUAGAAAAAAAUAGUCUUUUAUAUCAUUUAUUUACUGUAGUAUUUGAUGAAUGUAAACACUACGAGCAACUGAGCGAUCGUCAGCGUGCUGCAAGUGUCCACAGAGGAAACACUCUGAAAUGUGACCAGAAGGACUUGGCAACCCCCAAAUGGUACAGGUUUACUGGAGCAGCUGGCACUCGGAUGCCAUCUACCUGUGUUCUAAAGCAUUACUGUGGAACACACGCACCUGGAUGGUUAAGCACUGCACAUCCAACAAAGGUUGGACAGAUCGUUAACGGCAAAGUGUGCUUUCACUGGGGUAAUAAAUGUUGUAACUGGCAUGCCAACAUCCAAAUAAAGAGGUGCAACGGCUUUUACGUUUACAAACUUGUAAGAACACCUGUAUGCUGGCUUCGAUAUUGUGGAAAUGCAGGUUUUGGUGAGUUUGAGAUAAUCUGUAUUAUAGUAUCACGGAUUUUACUCGGUAGAAGCAGCUGUCUCUGACGCGCCUGAUUUUGAAGUAAAAAAAAAAGGAUUAAUCUUCUUUGUCUCCAGUAGCAUCAAAAAGGACUUCUGUAUGUUGGUUGCGUUACUGUGUCAGUGCAGGAUUCGUUGAGAACGCGUUGCAACAAGAAAAAAAUAAAAAAGUGUUCGAAAACAUUGAACCUCGCUUUGCGUUAUCGAUAUUAUGUCCUAAGGGAAUAUCCAAGGGACCUAAAGUUUCUGUAAUACCUGUAUAGUGCAGUUGUAGUGGACAAGUAGUAGUUUUGGUGGUAACUAUCAUUAUCAUCAUCAUUGUCUUCGUCGUCGUUGUCACCAUAAUCAUAUAGUUCCUUUUCCUCGAGACUGGAACUGACCAGGAACUAGGCUUUUCCAAACUUUUAUAGACACUACAAAGUCGUUUAUUUUUUUUCCGUAAUCAGUUGAGGACAUUUUUGUACGGAGUGUUUUUUAAUCCUACUCCAAACGCCCAAAAUCUUGUGAUAGAAAACAUCCAUUUUCCGGUCUGGGAACCUCGGCCAUUGAUCUGGCAUGUUUAGUAGACCCACCAUAACCCCUGCCCGUGUAGCUCAUGGCAUCAUUAAGACGCGAAAGGCUCAUCACCAUAACAAAGGUGACAUGCCCUGCGUAAAGUUGUAGUAGUAAUAGCAUUAGUUAAGUACUCCUUUAAGAUAUAACUGUCUAAAUUUGUUUUGUGUAGAUGAAUGUAAAGUAAGCAGGCCUUGUAAGAACGGGGCUACUUGCGUUUCAAGUCUCGGAGGUUAUACUUGCCAGUGUGUUCCGGGCUUUCAAGGAAAGAACUGCGAACAAGGUAGGUACAUGAUAUUCCUGGUCUACCAGACCAGAAUGGUCAUCUAGAGAAUUCCCCUAAGAAUCAGGACUGUCCAUCCAGAUUUGUCUAGUUGAGUAAAAACUUCUGCAAAUCCUACUUCAUAUCCAAAUGACUAGUCCAUCCGACCGGUUCUGUGUUUGGUUAGAAAGCGUAAUGCUUUAACUCUGGAAAGGGAAUCGACAGACUGUGAUAUCGUCACGAAAAAGACUGAUCCAACUGAUAAUCGUCUUUUUUUAAUACUUGUCAAUACAGUAAGCUAAUGUUAUUGCGAAUGCUGUAUAAUAACUACCGGCACUUUGUUCUUUUUUAGAUGUUAACGAGUGUAUAACUCGACCCUGCCUUAAUGGAGGUACUUGUCAGAAUCAACAUGGAAGUUACAGUUGCACCUGCAGGCCAGGAUUUACCGGAAAGAAUUGCGAAAAAGGUAAUUAGGUGGAUUGAUACCACAGGGGAAGUAAGCUCAUUGUCAAAUACAACUGAGGAUAGGAUUGUAAAGCACGUUUCAAAACAUUGUUUUAAACACAUCUGAAUAUAAAUCAUAAUCCAAAUUAACAGGACGUGCCAUGUUUCAAGUUCUAGGACAAAAUUAAAAUGCAGCUUAAAAUAGUUCAUUAUGAGGUGCGGUUCUUUGAGUUAAAACAGUAUACCUUCAACAAGUUCUUUACCACCAAUUUCUGCUUCAUGAGAUAAAUAGCGUGAAGCCUUCGAUUCAGAUUUGAGAUUUAGCUUAACUGACUUAAGAGUAAACGGUAACAACUAGGUCCAAUGGCGUAGAAACUGAUUCAGUAUUCUCCUCCAACCUUGUUCUUGCUUAUUUCUAAACGAUUUCUUGUUAUAGUACUUGAUGGCUGUGUGAAUUACAAAGUUCUUGACGAACUGAACCGUUCAGCAGGCUACACGGGUGCCCUUGCUGAUUGCGACCAAACUGCACUGAACUCACCAGCGUGGUACCGUUUUAACGGAUCUGCUGGUGACAAGAUGGCGGACUCUUGUGUUAGAGAAAGGCAUUGUGGAACGCAUGCGCCUGGCUGGCUGGAUGGAAAUCAUCCGGUUAAUGUAGGCGAGGUCGUUGAAAGGCAAGUUUGUUUCCACUGGGGCUCCAACUGCUGUAAAUGGUCUGUGAAGAUUAAGGUGAAAAAGUGUAGAGGUUUCUUCGCGUACGAGCUCCAGCGGACUCCCACAUGUCAUUUACGUUACUGUGGCAACGCUGGUUUGGGUAAGAAGACAUCACAAACUUACAACUAUGAUAACACAUCAUUAAUUCAAUCUCAUAACAACUAGCCAUUACCGUAUUGCAAGUAUAGUACAUUGCUGUGUUUUGUUUUUGCUAAAGCUUCGUAAGCUUCCCCUGGAAAAUACUGAAACAGACGACCCUAAGAUUUAUUCAUUUACUGCUUCCUUACAACACCAGUUUAUUUUUGAUAGUUAGCCCAGGGUACGUAUGGGUCAUGGAAAACCUGAAAAGUCUUUUUGACUUGCAAUGUAAGAAUUUCAUUUUCCAUGGAUGGAAAGUUUUGAAAAAUCAUGGAAAAGUAAAGUUAUGUAGACGCGUAAUUCAAUGCGUUUCAGAACUUAAACGUACUUGCUGGGAAUUAACCUGAGCUUAACGUUAAGUAUAAUAGGGUGCGAAAGAACCGAGAAACCCUGUUUUCGUCCAGUCUAGCAACAGUAAAUUAUCCAACAUUAAUGCUGUCUUAUUUACUCUUUCUUCUUUUUUACUCUAAGCUGUGAAUGAGUGUGUUAUUCUCAAGCCUUGUAAAAACGGCGCAACUUGUUAUGAUUUAUUGAACGGAUAUCGCUGCCACUGCGUGCCAGGAUACCAAGGAAAGCACUGCGACCAAGGUACUGUCGAACUUCUUUUAUGAAUCCCAACAUUUAUAUAACUAUUAUAGCACAGUUACUUUUUUAAUCCGGAUCCCUUCGGAAAGGCGUAAGGGAGAGCUGGGUCGACUGAACGAAAAUGCGCGGAUACGUUUUAUUAAUGAAACACUGAAUGAAUGUUCCCUGGCAAUAACUAAAGACUCCCAGGAUUAUUUCCAUUUUCAACUAUGGUAUAAUCUAAUUUUUCUAAGGACAUAUAAUUAGUAUUAGUCUUAUUUCUUUACUUCUUCCUUUUUUGACAAAGGUUUCUGACAACGAAAAGUUUAGAGAAGAAGCUCAAGAAGAGCUUAUUUUAUUUUACUAGAUAUCAAUGAGUGCGUCACAAACAAUCCAUGUAAGAAUGGUGCGAGUUGUGAAAACAGCAUUGGUAGUUACACUUGUCGUUGUACAAUCGGAUUCAAUGGCAAACACUGCGAUCAAGGUAAAAUAAAACAGCUUGGAAGGUAAUGUCGACCUUUUUCUAGCUUUGUCAGUGUUUGUCUUUCAGCCAUUUCAGACUAAAUGUAGAAUUGUUACAGAGACCUCUGUUGAUACAAUCCUCUUCACAUCACGUUGGGAAACCCAGUGCAAAAACCAUGAUACAGCGACAAAACGUUGUGCUCUUUCCCUCCCAGUUUUGAAUUUUUUUGCUUCUGUGAUGCAAACUGGCAUCAUUGGGAGGGCAGAAAACAUCCCAGCUGUCCCAACUAAUGUGACGAGGAUUGUAGUUGUAAUAAGUAUCCAUCACCUCUCGGCAUAUGCAUCGUGAAACGGCGUCUUAUCCCUUUGUUAACUGUGUUUAUAUUACUGUAUUACGGUAAAAGUAGGAGAAACAGGAACAUAUAAAAAUAGGAAUAUAUGAAUAGGAAUUUCUACCUUGUUGGUUACUUGUCCAGCCAAAAAAGGCCUUUAGAGUUUCAUUUUUAUGGCUGCAACCAUUCUUGAGAAGCUCUAAAACUUAAAUAUGCACAAACUCAUUCGAAAAAAAAGACAAAUAAUGGCCUUAAACUUUAAACCUUUUCAGAUGUUAACGAGUGUGCGGUUAACAAUCCAUGUAAGAAUGGCGCCACUUGUGUUAACAAUGUUGGCGGAUAUCAGUGUCUGUGUGCCCCAGGAUAUCAAGGAAAACAAUGCGAUCAAGGUACAAGCUGGUUUUUUUUUGACCAGUUAUUUAAUUUAUGCCGCAUUUUUCAACCAAUGGCAUUGUAUUGUAAUUAUUCCUGAAGAGAUCAACGAUUUCCUCUCCAAUUUCUAAAAAAAAGGAUCUGCAUAAGGAACUACUUCAUCUGGACAUUUUUACAGCAGGCGUAAGGCCAACUUGAUUUCGUUGCUGUUUUUUGCGCGUUCUGAAUGAAAGGAAGCUCGCAUAAAGACCACAAUAAUAACAGUAGCAACUAUUCAACCUCUCUGAAAUUGUAUAAACCCUCUUCAUAUUUUUAGCAAUGUCGAUAUCGACAUACAGCUGCUUACAUACAUUCAUGCAUGAAAUAUAGACAAAAACUUGUUCUUUAAUCAUAGCCUUUAUUUUGAUUUAAGUUUAAAUUUCAUAUAAAUGAAUGCAGGUAAUACAAUGUACCCUCUCGGAAUACUGAAGUAAAGUUGUUGUCGUUAUGUUAUUUAAUGUUAAAUAUCGAAUAGCGCACCCACCCAUAUUUGAUCAAAUUUUGAAGAUAAAAACAAAGAAAUAGAUAAAUAAAAGAAACAAACGAAAAAGAAAAAUAAUAGAAAUAAACAACUCGCAGCCUCAUGAUUUUGUGGGUUAUUUCAGAUGUAAACGAAUGCAUCAUCAGUCCCUGUAAAAACGGGGGAACUUGCGUGAAUCUAAAGGGAAGCUACAGAUGUGAUUGUACACAAGGAUACACAGGCAAACACUGCGAACAAGGUUAGUUAAUGUGCCAUUUGUGCAAACCAACAAAACACCACGUCCAUCGUAGGCGAGCGUCGCUCAUAUCAAGAACUGCUGCGACUCCAGGCCAGAAGUUGCUGACACAUUACAAAAGAUCUUUCAUUGUGUUCGCUUUAAUUUAAAUGUAACUUAUAGAAUUCUGUGAUUGAAUGACAAAUGAUUUCCUCAAAAGCUCUUCCCUCAUUUAAAACAGAAAGUUAACUUUACCUUUAAUACGUUUCAGAUGUCAACGAGUGCGCUGUUAACAAUCCGUGUCAAAAUGGCGCUACUUGUGUUAAUAAAGUUGGCGACUACCAGUGUCUUUGUGUCCCAGGAUAUCAAGGAAAAAAUUGUGAUCAAGGUGAGUUAUUUCUCGGUACAGUAAAAACCAAUCAGCACAGUCAUAAUUAACUGCGAUAAACCAUCUAUCUGUUGCUUCUCACUUUUAGAUGUCGACGAAUGUCAGUUUAAUCCUUGCAAGAACGGUGGAACUUGUUCAAAUGUUCCUGGAAGCUAUAAUUGCAAGUGCGUCAGUGGCUAUAAAGGAAAGGAUUGUAAACAGGGUAAGAAAAUAACAGUAUCGAGAACUUUAUCUUUUGGACACCUUGACGGAUUUUCCCAAAAAUGCACUGACUAAACGAUUGACUGUUACUGAGUUCCGUUGUAAAAACGUGCCUUCUUGUUUAAUGAUAAGUUGUGAUGUGGUAAAAGACGCAAUUGCUCUGUCUUUUAGCACAAAACAACCUGUCUCUCUUCCCAUUGAAUCCUGCAGCAUCAUCUAUUUUUCACAAGAAAAUUACUUUUAUUUGCCUUUUUAGAUUUAAACGAGUGUGUAGUGAGUAAUCCAUGUCAAAAUGGCGCCACUUGUGUUAACAAUCUUGGUGGCUACCAGUGUCUUUGUGUCCCGGGAUACCAAGGAAAACACUGUGAUCAAGGUGAGUUCUUUCGCAAGCCGGUAAAUAUCAUAUUUAUUAGGUGAAACUGUUAUAUAACGAGUGUGCGCGAAAUUUCCCGGUAAAAUUGCGAUGGAACACAAAGAAAACGCGACAGGAAAAAAGCUUUUCCUUUUAAAGCUUUUAUAGCUUUUCAAUCUCCGAUUUUUCCUCUUAAAAUUGUUAACAACAACAAAAAAAAACACUGAAGUAAGUCUCCCUUUUGUUUCUCAUUUUUAGAUGUUGAUGAAUGCCAGAUAAAUCCUUGUCAGAAUGGAGGAACUUGUUCAAACAUACAGGGCAGCUAUAACUGCAGUUGUGUCACUGGGUUUACAGGAAAAAAUUGUGAAAACGGUAGGGAAUUUACUGUGUUUACUGAGUGUCAUUAUUUUUUGUCGCAAACUACAUUGAAUCACGGAGAAAAAGAGGCCAUGGGUGUCAUCACAAGCAUAUUCACUAUUUAUAAGAUAUUUAUUUUUUUCUAGUUUUAUUUAAUGGAUGGAAAAGGUAAAGAUGUUGUGUAAUUUUAGAUAUUGACGAAUGUCGAAAUAGUCCUUGCAUGAAUGGAGCAACGUGCAUCAACAAUCCAGGCAGCUAUCAGUGUAAAUGCAAAGGCGGCUAUGAUGGCAAACACUGCGAAAACGGUAGGAUGCAUGUGAUGUCUGCCUUGUUUUUUUAAUAAUCUGCCCCUUUUCAAUUACUUUUACUUUCUCUUUUCUUUUAUUCAAUUCUUUUUUUUUCUGAGCGCAAGACCAUACACUAGUUUUAGUCCAACGAACUUCCUUUUGUGUCUUUUUCCUGUGUAGACAUUGACGAGUGCCAGAAUCAACCAUGUCAAAACGGAGGAACGUGUCAGAAUGAACAAGGCGGGUAUAAGUGUUCCUGUAAAGCAGGCUUUCAGGGCAAGAAUUGCGAAAAUGGUAAGGAAAACAUACUGAAAGAUAUAAACAACAGAAAUCUUAGGUGCCUGCGACAACCAGGCUUCACUGCAAAACAUCGAAAUUUGGUCUUACAGUUGCAAGACGUUUCUUAGAUUUAAAUUUGGUAGAUUUUGAUGCGAAAGAUAUUUUUGUAAUGUAAUAAUCGUUAGCAUGCAAAGUAUCUACGACAGUUUAUCAGGAAAAAACUCAAACUUGAAAAUGACGUCACUAUAGCACCGAAAAGACUAUAAAUCUUAUCCGCAUUUUUAUUAUUUUUUUUGGAAAGCUUAAACGUGUUUAUUGCCAACGUGCAUUAUUAAAUUAGGGACUGUGCAAUAAUUAUCAGGGGGAAGGAAAUAAGCCAAACAUAGGAUAAUAUUACGUUGCGCCCGCUCCCAACAAAGGCAAAUUAGACCUGAUCCCCCUCCUGGUUACUUAAAAAUUAUGACCAGCCCCUCCACCACUCCCGACUUGCACAUGCAUGUUCUUUCGUUAUGUAAACUUAUGAACUGUAACGUUUUUUGACGGCUGUGUCUGGAGCAUUAACUCAAAACUACGUUGUGAUACACAGCCAACCAUUUCAGAACAGUCCCAUUAGGUAUCGUCUUUUGAAUCCUUCUGUAUGUGAAUCACUGGAUUGAAGUUCUGAGUCAUUUGCGUCAUUACAUUCGAUCUAGUUGAGUCAUGACCAGCACAAACAUAUCUCAGAACGCGAGCUACUAGCCUCUCUUUCCCUUCACUGAAUUGUUGACUUGUUAAUAGUGCUGCUUCAGGUACAGUCUUAACUGUUUUUCGCUCAGCGAACUACUCCCGCAGAUCUUCAUUCUUUUACCACCAGAUGGCAUGAGAUGGCUUCUUCCUCUGAAUGAGAUUCAGUAAGAUCUGCCGCUCCUUAAGAUAACUGGGGAGAGAUGAAGAAAGUCAUUUUUUCUAGGAUCUAGGCUCAUCAUGAAUAAAAUCUGACACUUCCCUAGCCAACUUCCAAGUAUUCCCCACUUUCCAUUAAGAGCAAUAUUCUUCGAUCUCUCUUAGCGUCAUGUUUUCGUCAUGUCUGUAAUGUGAUCGAAUAGGAGAGGCAUCCUCGUAUCCCGCUAUUCGCACAAUUUUCGCGUUUGCUGAGGUUCACCUGGCACUUCCGUUGGGCUGAAAAUGUGUUUACUUGAGUAACUGCUAUAGAAGGGACACAUCAUUUUGUCUCAUAACGAGACACCCCCCUUUUUUAAAAAUCCUGGACACAACCCUUUUCUGUUAAGUAAAGAUAAGCUAAAAUAUCAGGUAACCAGGAUUAUCUAUGGCCUUGUUACUAAUUAUUGCUAGUUCUUUGUUAUAUUUUGAUCACAUAUAAAUCAUGUUUUGUUCAUAUAGCAUGAAAUCAGUAUCAUUGUUAGUGAGACAGCUUGUCCUUAAGAAAAGUAGAUACAACCCCUCUUCUUGAAAGUAAAACGUAAGGUGUUGCCCCUCCUCCUUUUGACCAUUAUUUCAUAUGGUACCCCCCUUUCAUAUGGUUUUAUAACCCCCUCCUGGUAAUUAUCGCACAGUCCCUGAAAUCCAUUUGAAAUUAAUAUUGACAAAUCCUCUAUCGUACAUCCAACUGUAUUUUUUUAUAAUAACAGUUUGCUAAAUUUGUUGCCUUUUCAAACUACAUAUUUUAACAAUUACCUGACUCUCUUAAAAUAGUCAUUAAAAAUAAAUGUUAUACUUGAACAUGCUUUGAUUAGAUGUGGACAAAUGUAAGAGUUCCCCCUGUAAAAACAGUGGAAAAUGUGUCAAUUUGCCUGGCAGCUUUAGAUGUGACUGUACACAGGGAUUUACAGGCAAACUUUGUGACCAAGGUGACUAUCAAGCGCUUUUUUAAACUUUCAUGGCUUUAUUAUAAAUAAGAGUUUUAGUUAGCUUUGAUGUCUUGCGAUCAUUUUCAAAUGACUAUGAAAUUAAACUUAAGUUUAUUCAACUAUUGUCAUACUUCUCGCUGAUUUCAUGGAUUGGAUGCUUCCUUGUUUUGGCAGAGGUUUCACGUUUUUAUUUUCUUCCCAACUUUACUUUGGUUUUGUUUCGGGGGUACAGCUUUUGCGAUAGUGCAACUAGUGUCAGGUAAACGGGAAAAUCGUUCCGACGUUCUAGCGAGAGAUCGUUCUUUUUAAUUCUUUUUAACCCCCUGUAACCCCUUGUCACCCCCUGUAACCCCCUGUCACCCCUUGUAACCCCUUGUAACCCGUUGUAACCCCCUGUAACCCCUUGUAACCCUUUGUAACCCCCUGUAACCCCUUGUAACCCCCUGUAUUCCCAUGUCAUAAAUCGUGAAAAUAAAUCGUGACAAAACGAUUUUCGACGUUUUAUCUUGCAAAGAAGCCUUUCUGAACAACAAAAACAUCGGUUUCAAAAACCCACAAAAUUGGCAUUUUUGCAAAGGCGUUAGUCCAUGGUUUUGGUCAAAAAUUUGAAAUUUUGUCAACGUUUCGUUUUAUGCAAAAUACACUCAGAAAAAGUAUUUGGCUACGUUCUCGUUAGAAAACAAGCCUUUCUAGACAAUAUAAACAUGGAUUUAAAAAGAAGGCAAAAUUGGCAUUUUUGCAAAGGGGAUAGUCCAUGAUUUUGGUCAAAAAGUUGAAGUUUUUUCAUGUUUUGUGUUUAUCAAAAAUAGAUCGAGAAAAAGUGUCGGGUACUUAACUGGAGCAAACAAAGACGUUCGCUUUAUACCAGGGGGCUUUUUGGGUGGCUUCGUUGCCUUUAGGUCUUACGUUUUACUUAUUUAUUUUUUUAUAAUUCUGUUAAGAUUAAAAAAAAAAAGAAAGAAAUUAAGGUGAUUCCCUGGUUUUGCACUGCGCAUCUAUUACUGCGCAUAACAAGAUGGCCGCCGUAUAAAAGAGCAUUUGAAGUAACAUUAUUAAAAUGAAGUUGACUGAAGAGAAAUGCUAUUGGAAUUUUUGCUUGCUGUUGUUUCUUACCGAGGUGAGACUCAAUAUGUUGGGAAUGUGCAUAACGUAAGCAGACUCAAUAUGUUGGGAAUGUGCAUAACGUAAGCAGUACGCGUGUUGCUAAGUUCGACUUCCUCUCGGAGAACCUCGAUAGUGGAUGUUUAACUUGUGCUUUCUCACUUUGAUUUUUCAUUUGAACGCUUUCUUUAUCAUAAUUAUUGUGUCCUAAAUGUGGUGUAAAUUCUGUAAAAAUGGAUUUUUCAAUACUUUCUUCACCCUUUCACAUACAUUCUAUUUUGAAACUCGCCCCAGUCCUCUCUCAAAAAUCGGAGAAAAUGCAUUUGGUGCGCACUUUUUGCAGCUCUACUGCAAAAACGAGUACGGUGACCCCCAUUUUUAUUCAUGAUUUUAAUAAGGACAGUGCUUCCUUUCGAUGAGAAAAAAAUUGGCACAAAUCUAUGCUUUUUUUGGCAAUUUCUUAAAUUGUACGGAUUGAACUAUGACUGGUCGAAUAGAGCGUGUCCAAUUUAAUUCCACUUUGGAGCGUAAAGCAAAAACAAGGGCAUUAAAAAGCAUUUUUCUGGUACGUUAGUUUAUAUACAAUCCAUGAAAGUCAAAUUCUGUGUGAUACCACAUGCAUAAUCGAAAAAUCUCUCCUUUUUGUCUAGUUUUGGGCUGCCCGCGGUUCUUGUAAAAGAGUCCUAAAUAGCCUUAUUUGUCAGCAUUGUGACGUCAAAACGAGCACGGUGACCUCCACUUUUUAUUACUUUUUUAUCAUCUUCUUGACUUGUUACAUCAGUGUACCAAGUUUCAUCUACAAUCUAUGUUAUUUUCUUUUACUAAGGAAUCACCUUAAUUCAUAAAGGUUCUAGAGUUUAGUAGGCCAAAAGAAGUACGUUAUAUGUUCGUACUGAAUCACAUGAAUGAGGCAAGCCAUGGAUUCGCCAUUUAACAAGCUUCUCCAUGUAUUGGCAAAGUGUUAACUGGUAAUUCAUGCUUUCUUUAAAUUAUUGUGUAGACAUAAACGAGUGUUCCACCCGCAGUCCUUGUAAAAAUGGCGCUACUUGCGUUAAUACAUUCGGUGGAUAUCAAUGCAACUGUGCUAAAGGAUUUCAAGGAAAAGAUUGUGAUCAAGGUGAUUAUCAUUAAAUACUUCCCGUUCCUUUUUAGUAAAGCUGACUUUUUCUUUUGAAGGAUAUAUCAGAUCAUUUUUAGUUCGGUAUUUGUAACCAACUUUUGUUGACAAUUUGUUAAGCUGAAGUGGUAGAAAUUUUCCCUUAUCUCUAUUUCUGCAUUCGCUGUCAUCUAUUUUGCUUUGUUUUUAAAGGGCUAUUAUGCCUUAGUUACCUGGAAUUGGUGUAUUAAAGUCAUGAUAUGGUCUAGUGCACAUGUUAAGUGUUUUGAUAAGAAAACUAUUGUUUCGGUUUAUUUCUUUAGAUGUAGACGAAUGCCAAACUAAUCCAUGUCUGAACGGUGGAAGUUGUACGAACAAACAUGGGGACUACGAGUGUACAUGUCCAGCGGGAUUUAAAGGGAAAAAUUGCGAGCAAGGUAAGAAGAGGAAUAAAGUUAUCAAAAAGGCAGAGAUAAUAAUUGUUGAGCUAAUAAUAUGCUGCCACUAACAGUUCCUUCACUUGGUUUUUGUAGAUGUCGAUGAAUGCGCAAGUUCACCAUGCCAAAAUGGAGGGACGUGUAAAAAUGAGAUAGGAACGUAUAAAUGUCUCUGCUUCCCCGGAUACAAAGGGAAAAAUUGCGAUCAAGGUGGGGUAGAUUACUCUCAUUUGUACUGUUUUCAAUCACACGAGAAAACAGGUUCAGGAGUGUUACUUUAUUUUUUAGAAAGGUCUAAGCCGCGGUAGUAUUAGCUUGUUAGGUAGAGCAGAGGACGAUGUCUCGGGUUCGAUCUUGAAUAUGAUCCAUGCCUUGCUUCAAACUGCAGACACAUAAUUAUUGCGGAUUAGUAUCUUAAAUUUCUGUGCAUAGGUAGUUUGUUUUGUUUCUUUGAUUUAACUGAUCUUUUAAUUAAUCUUGUGGGAAAAUAUAUAACGAUUCGCAAAUAUAAAAUGAAAGUUUAUUGGCCAUUACAGUACCAAGCUGUAUGCCAUUUCUGCGCGCAUCGUGCGCUGGUCGGUUGAAGAUGGAGACACGAUAGAAGUGUGACUGAACAACCCUAGUGUUAUAAGUUUAAAUGAAACUGUUUAUAUUUUAAUCUAGCCAAUAGCAAUAUCGCUGCCGCUGUACCGGGUUCUCGGAUGGAUUAUUACUGUGACAGUAAAAACUCCUGAAUGCCCUUAGCAUAGCCUGUGCGAUAUCUAAAUUAGAAAACGCCUUAAAAUUUAGAUAUUAUAUCUAUUUAAAAGAAGUCAACAAUAAAAACAAUAAAAACCGCCAACAGUACAUAAAAAUUGUUUAAAAAAGUUCAAGUUCCUUCACCUGUACUAAAUAAUAUGGCUAUGCUCUCCAUACGCAUAAAAUAGCGAUCAAUAUAAAUAAUAAUAAAAAUAAUAAUAAUAAUAAUAAUAAUAAUAAUAAUAAUAACAAUUUUUAUUUUAUUUAGACGUGGAUGAGUGCAAGCAAAGUAGCCUUUGCAAGAACAAUGGUACUUGUGUUAACAUACCUGGUGGAUUUCAUUGUCGCUGUCAAGCUGGAUACCAGGGCGAUGACUGUAGUCAAGGCAAGUGAUCUUCACCGAACCUGAAAUCCUAAAAUCCUCACUUUCAGCUUUUCUAAAACCGUUGUCAAACGUUGCCAUAUUGUAUGUUGUUUGGUUAGCAGGGCUAGUAAACGGAGCGACUUAUACCUAGAAGGAUUAUACAUGAACCGGAAUAAAAAUAAUAAAAAAGCUCAUCGAAACAAGCUGCUGAUUUAGUUCAGCUCCAAAACGUCAUGAUUAAUCGAAUUCAUUUCUAUACAAGCUAGAUGGGGCUUAUUUAUAUCCGGGGCGGGGGGCAAGGGGGGGGGGGGGGGGGGAGGGUAACUCUAAGUACAAUAUGGUAGUAUUUUUUUUGUUGGAUUGGAAAAGAUGAAAAAAAAAGUAGAAAAAAAAAAAAAAAAAAUAAAAAAAAAAAAAAAAAAAAAAAAAAAAAAAAACCCUAAAAAAAAUCGUUUUUUUUUUGACUACAACAAAAAAAUAUAAUUAUUAAUCAUUUUUUUUAAAAAAAGGGGAGUUGGGUUUUUUUUGAGUGGGGGGGGGGGGGGGGGGGGGGGGGGGGGUGGAGAAGGUAGGAGGGUUGUAAAUGGGAUAUAUUUUUCUGUUUGAACUAGUAGGCCUAUAAGUGGUUGCGCUUAUAAGCGGUAGUUUACGGGACACGAAGAGUAAAUACUCGCAUAAAAAAACAAAAACCAAAACGUAAACGAAAGGAACGAACCUUACUUACAAUACAAAUUUUUGUUGAUUUUCAUUCAAUUACAUCUUAAACACACAUACUGUACCGAAUUCUUUUUCAGACGUUGACGAAUGCAUUAACAAUCCCUGUCAAAACACCGGUAACUGUACGAAUAAACCAGGGAGUUACGAGUGCUAUUGUAUCGAUGGUUUUGAGGGAAAGAACUUGAAAAAAGGUAACAAAAUCUCCCCCCCAAAAAAAAAAAAAAAAAAAAAAUCCGUCACCAUUGUUUCCUCUGAAUUUUUCCUGGGUGUUACACUCGUCCCAAGAGAAAUUGAAGACAAAUUUCUUUGGGGUGAACAAGGUGCAUUAUGGUCUAUAUAUGUGAAUUAUUUUUGGUGAAUUAUGAUUUAAACUCUGGAGCAUUUAGUGGGUCUUGCUUUAUAUCACCUUUCCCCUGUCGCUCUCUCAUCCCUUUUUAAUUAUGGCCUUUUAUUCUUUCACUCUCCCUACUUCCUUUAUUUCAAUUGUUCUUUUCUUGUAGAGAAAGAGUUCGUUUCACUUGGAUGUUUUCAAGACAAUGCUAACGACCGCGCAAUGGGAAAGUUACUUAAGAACUUACGGCAAUUUAUUGACUGGCGUGAUAUGUCAAAAACAGUCAAAAAGUGCGCGGAGAUUGCCAGGAGUCACUCGUAAGGAUUAAUAUUAGUUUUUGCAUGUUGUUUUCCAGGUCCAUAAUGAAUAUUUUAUUUUUUUUCUACACACUUGUGACAACUUUAUUGUGUCCACCAUCAAUGUAUUACUGAUAAAAACAAAACAUAAUAAUAAUAAUAAUAAUAACAAUAAUAAUAAUAAUAAUAAUAAUAAUGUGUUUACACGGUAAUUAAGAAAAAAUAUCUAAAAUAUGGCAAAAACUUUAUAGACUGCUAAUUUAGCGCAGUUUAUAAUUUGGGAGUCACAAAGAAACGCACUUAGCUUACAUCAGUCAAAAUCGGAAUAAUUCAUUUAAUAUACCAUGCUCUCCACGGAUUUGCAUGUGGUAAAACAUUAACAAUUAUUGGACCGAGGUUGAGCAAAAUAUCGUGAUUUGUCAGUGGCGAGCAGAUCAAUUGUUUGCCGAAGCCGAAUAAGGAAUAUCUUCGGGAAGCGAAGCGAUCUGCCAUUUUCACGCAAGAGCGAUCGCAAGAAGGAGAAAAGGGUGGUGUCAUUUACGCACGAACAGAAUAUUAUUUGCAGCCAAACAAAGUUGGACGACAUUGCGCGUGAGGGGAACAUUAUUUGUUGGCAGUUAUUUGCAGGUCACGUGGUGCGCUCUCAGCUAAUGAAAAGGAAGAAAAAUUUUCAACGAAUGAUAACGUCGUUUGAGAGAUAUUUACGCGCCAAGAAUCCCUUUUCCCUUUAAUUAAGUGCAAGGAUAAGUCCUUUAUUCAUAUGUUUUCCUUUUUGUCUUCAAAGGAUGUAUUACUUUGCUAUCCAGUAUUACGGAGAGUGUUGGGGUGCAAAGGCUGGAACGAAGUAUGACAAGCAUGGACCAGCCAAUAACUGCUGGUCUGGUGUAGGGGGGCCGUUCAGCAACUACGUUUACAAACUGUGAUAAAGUUCCCUUAAGGUUUGUACAAAAAUGAUCACCAGCUCUGGAUGUAUGGAAGAGUGUCAUACCUACUAGUCAAUUUGACAUUAAAGUUAGUCUUACAUCGUACCUCCUAAAAUGACACUAAAACGUAACCGCUAGACCUCCUCUGCCCUCUUCUCGGGCAUCUGUGUCCAGGGUGAGGGAUGUUUUACAACGGCCGUACAAAAAUGGGAAAUCUGUCAAAAUGUUCCUCCUUUUGCGAUGUAAAUACAGUCGAACCUCCAUGUGCGACCACCUCUCGUAAGCGACUACCUCCCACAAGCGACCUCUUAUCCUAAACACCAAAAUUUUCCAAGUCAAAUCUUUAAAGUUGAAACCCCUCGUAAGCGACUGCGAACGCACUGUAGGAUGACGGCUUUAGAAUUUUCCAUUGAUUUUAACCUCUUCAAUAAAAAAUAGUUAGUAGAGGAGACUGGUUAUGAAAGCCGGCAAACAUCAAAGAUGAAAACAAUAGUGUUGCAGUUUAUGUUGGAAGCUUCCUGACCUUGUGCAAUCCUUUGGUUUUGUUCACAAAUUGUUGCUGAAUAAAUUAAUGCAAUGUUUCUAUUGGUCAGUAAGUUUAAAAAAUGUCUAAAUUAAAGCAUCGCGCAUAAAUUCCCUAUCAUCUCAAAGAUAAAUCGACAAAAGACAAAUCGUGACGUGUCACUUACCAAUAUUGAAUUUUACACACUCUUGAACAAUAUAGUGGAAUCAAUGGUGGUUUUUAUUAUGCCAAAUUCUCUUUUUACUGCCAACGCAAUUUACAAAUUGCGUGCAUAUUAGCAAUUGUGUUGAGAAUAGCAUAUUUUCGGGUUGAAUACUAUGUAUUUCAGCAUAAAAAAUUAUAUUGCUAACAGAUAUUUAUAAUUUGCAAUUAUUAAAUAUGCCUAACAAACUCCUAUAAAUUAUUUUUUCUACUUUGCAGUGAUGCCAAGUUCCUUAAUUAAAGAAGAAUUAAAGAAGAAAUUAAAGAAGAAAUUAUUAUGAUAUAAGAGUAUUUAUCCUUCAUUCUAAAUAUGACAUCAGAGAAUAAAGAAAAAGUGAAGGAAGAUGAGACUGUACUUUUUUCUGAUCUCACAAAUGAAGGA